UAUUUUAAUAACUAAAUUCAAUCAUCAUCAUUUCGAUAUUCUGCAUAUAACUUUCGAUUUACCAACAAUAUGAAAAGUACGUUGUUAUUUUUUUGUUUUCUUUGUGCAAUUUUCACAGUGCAUGGAUGGACAGCGAUUAUUAGAAGGGAUCCGGCAACAGCACAUCUAGGAGAUUGUUACACAACCAUCUACAAUCUUGGAGCUUUCAACUUCGAAGAAAUAAAAAGAAUACGAACCGAAUGCGCUACAGCGACUUGUAGGAAAAAUGGGGAUAUAUAUCUAGCUGGAUGCGGCGUCCAAACUGUCGAGCCACCCUAUAAGAUGGUACCCGGUGAUUUGUCGAAACCUUUUCCGGAAUGUUGUUACCGAAUGAUCGGUCCGAUUAAUGAUACAAUGACAAACGAACAAACAGAAAAUUGAACAAUUUAUUUAGUUUUUUUUUUCGAAAAAUUAUUUAAUUACAAAUAAUUUAUUAGAAUUUUUUUUUUUUUUUUUUUUUUUCAUUUUAUACGUUUUUUUAUUGUUUUUGUAAUUUUUGUAUUUCUUUUUAAUAUUGUGAUAUUUUAAAUUUUGUUUUCACUAUUUUCAAUAUUUAUUUUUUGACUUUUUCAUUGCAUGCUAUGCCCUUUCGAUUUCUUCUAUUAUUUUUUUCAUAGUCAUUAUUGUUUUUUUCCGUUUUUUAGUGUUUUGUUUCUCUUUUCUUCUCAUUUACCAUAAUCUGUUUUCUUCUAUUAUUUUCAAAAAUAACAUUGAAUAAUUGAAAUAUCUUGUUUACUUUCCAUUCAAUUUUAUGUUUUUACGUUGCUUUCCUUAUUCUUCAAUUGUCUUUUUGUUUCUUUUCUUCAUCUAUUUGAUUUUUUUGUUUCAUUUUUUGUUUUAAUUUUAGUUUUUUACCACCGUUUUCGAUUUUUCUUCUUCGUUUAUUCUUAUCGCUUUAAUAUUUUAUGAUUUUUCUCCAAUUUUUUCACUUUUUCUUUGUUUUUCCCUUUUUUUCUCAUUAUUUUUUCAUUUUCUGUUUCACUUUUUUUUGUUUUAAUUUUAGGUUUUUCCACUGUUUUCAGGUCUAACCAUCUUCUUCAUCUUUUUUCUCCAAUUUUUUCGAUUUUUCUUGGUUUCCAGACAUCUUCAAUUUUAUUAACUUUGGUAUUUUUUCGCUUUGGUGCUUUAUUUUGUUUUUGUUUUAGUUUUUGUUUUUUUUUUCACUGCUUUCACCUGUAACCUUCUUCCUCAUCUUUUUCCUCCGAUUUUUUCGCUUUUUCUUGGUUUUCCCACGUCUUCAAUGUUUUUCUCACUUUGGUACAUUUUCGGUUUUUUGUUCUAAUUUUUUUGGUUUAGUUUUAAUUUUUUUACACUGUUUUCACCUGUAACCUUCUUCCUCAUCUCUUUUCUCCAAUUUUUUCGCUUUUUCUUUGUUUCAAACUUAUUCAAUUUUUUUCUAAUUUUAUUUUUUCUUGUUUAAAAUUUUUUGUCAAGUUUUAGUUUUUUUUCAACAGUUUUCCUGUGCAACCUUCUUCAUCUUUUUUCUCCAAGUUUUUCACUUUUUCUUUCUUUUCCCACUUCUUCAUUUUUUUAUCACUUUGGUAUUUUUUCGAUUUUUUUUGUUGUAAUUUAAGUUUUUUCCAUUGUUUUUCCUCGUAUCUUUUUUCAUCUUAUCUCACCAAUUUUUUGUUGUUCCUCCAUUUCUCCAAGUUCUCAAGGUUUUUUUCUUAUUUUAAUAUUUUUCGCUUUUCUUUUAUGUCAAUAUUUUGUUUUGAUUGUAUUUAAUCGGAAAAAAUUUGUAAAAUAAAGAAAAAUCAUUAUAUAUUA